ACAAGAGAAAAACAACAGAAAACAAGAGAAAAACAACAGAAAACAACAGAAAAACAAGAGAAAGCGACAGAAAGGUGUCGACCUGCUGCUGGUCAGGAUGAAGCUGGACGUGAAAAUGGAGAUGCUGAAGUUCUGCUUCACCGUCUUAAACUCCGUCUUCCUGGUUCUGGGUCUGAGCGUUAUGGGCUGUGGAAUCUGGAUCCUCUUCGACACCGGAAGCUUCCUGAAUGUCCUCUCCUCUGAGGAGCUGCAGGUGGUGGCAGUGGGCCUGUUUAUAAUCGGUGGAGUGGUGGCACUGGUCAGCCUGACUGGGUGUACUGGAGCGGCCCUGGAGAAACGGUUCCUGCUGCUGGUGUACUUCUGCUUCCUCAUCGCGCUGGUCCUGGGUCAGCUGUUCGUCACCAUCCUGCUGCUCCUGAAAAGAGACGAGAUCGAUAGUACUCUGACUCAAACCGUGAACAACAUCAUAGGUCAGUACGGAAAUAGCAGCAGCAGGGCUGACAUAAUCAUGGAUAACGUCCAGCAUUAUACCAAAUGCUGCGGAAUAAAUGGACCGGACGACUGGCUGAAGAACGCCUUCAUUCAAACUCUGAACCUGACGAGUGGGAACCUGCUGCCGUGUUCCUGUUUCCUGUCCUUUCAGCCUAGCAUAAACUCGCCCUGGUGCUUGGAAACCAAUAACACCAAUGUAACGGUGUCUGGAACAGGACAUGGGAUUUUUAAUGAGAGCUGCCGUAAGAAGAUGAACCAAUGGCUGAAGGACAACUUCAUAACCAUCGUUGCCAUGGCUGCAAUCCUCAUUUUAAUCCAGAUCUUUGGCCUUUUCUUCGCUGGGUCUCUGUUCCGCAUGUUUGGAGAAAAAGGCGCUUUAAAGAAAAACAAGCGGCUCGUUGGUGAAGAUGGCGCCGACUCGGACUCCGAGCCCGACCCGGACGGCGGAGAGCAGAACUGCGCCUUCAUGGACCCGGAUGAAGGCGCUCCAGAACCAAACUACAUGACCGCUGGAGACGCCAACAACAUGGCUGACCAGUACAACCAGAACCAGGAGUACCAGGAGCCAUUUCAUUACAACCAGAACCAGAACCAGGAGCCAUUUCAUUACAACCAGAACCAGAACCAGGUGUACAUGCCUGCUGGAGGUAGCAACAUGAUUUAUGACCAGUACAACCAGAACCAGGGCUUCCAGGACCAGAACCUGGGCUUCCAGGAGCCACUUCAUUUCAACCAGAACCAGAGUUACCAUGGCUACCAGGAGGCUAGUCAGCAUUAUUAAACACUGAUUCAAUGUUGUAAACAUUAUGUAUCAUCUUGUUUUUUCCUCUAAAAUGUUUGCAUUUUUUAAAGUGUUCCUGUCCUGAUGGUUGGCCUGUCGCUGCUUCAGGAGUUUUAACAGAAAAACUAUUUUCUCCUCCGGAAAUCUGCGGCGUGUUUCAGGUUAACGAAUCAGAAACGUUCAUUUGGAAAACAGGACAGAAAGUCCGCUGGACCCCGGAGACCGUAGCGCCGCCUUCAUCUCCGUUUGUCACCUUCAAACUAUCGCCUUGCCAUCGUCGGCCAUGUUUGUUUACUCUGAACUCACGUUUGAUCUCGAGAGAUGUUGCGAGAUUUCCCGUCUGACAUCUGAAGGUUGGUGGUUGAAAUCUGUGUAUUUUCUCUCUGAUUUUGAAAAUAACCCGACAGUUUUAAAAUCCUGCGGUGUGAACCAGGCGUUAGCACAGAGCUGUAGCGUUUCCUUUUAUUGUUGUUAAAAAUUACACUUGAAACUGACUAGAUGAAAAUGUUUCAUAUUAUGUUAAUAAAGUGUCACAUAUUGAUA